AUGAAGGAGAAACUUAGAUACAUGUUGUUUACGGUGUUCUUUACACCAAGAAACUACCCGAGGAUAGAGGAUGAAGCGAAAUUAACGGCAGAAGAACCGGGAAUAAGUUAUCUCUGGAAUGAAACGACGUUAAGGGAUGCCACCGAGGAAGAUGAGAAGUGGAUUCAGCAAGCUCUGGAUGGUGAGGAAGCCAUUGGGGGGAAUGGGGACUGGGCUGUAAAUUUGGGGAUCAAUCUCUUGUACAGUGCUAGCCUUAGCCGUUCUCAUCUUUACAGUAAGCAGAUGGCAUACAAUUCUGUUAUAUACAAUGCAUUUGGUCGUAGUUCUCCAGCUAGCUCGCCCACAAGAAUUGAUGUCAAUGGGAGGAGAUCUGGCAAGCAGAAAAAGGUAGUGGCAGGGAAAUGUUGCGGUAAAGUCUGGAUGUCGAAUCAUGUUCAUCCCUAUCUAGCAAAAAAGGACCCUGAAGAAGAAGAACAUAGGAGCUUCCAUGCUUGGGCAAUGCCAGAUGAGAAGCUUGAGGGACAACAUAGAAAUUUUACAGGUAUCGCCGCGCGGCUAUAUUCCAUAAGUAGACAUUUUAACGGUAUAGCCGAGCGGCUAUAUUUCAUAAAUAGAAAUUUUAACGGUAUAGCCGAUCGGCUAUAA